GUUUCCUGCAAUUGCCUCACCGCUCUAAUCUUUGCCAUACCUCUUUUGAAUUUUCCUCAUCGCUCAUCUCUUCCAAUCGGUUCUCGCCAUCCAUGGAGGAUUCUCCCCCAUUUUCCGUCAUCAUCGUCGGAGCCGGAAUUUCAGGAAUUGCAGCGGCGAAAGUGCUGGCCGACAAUGGGGUGGAAGACGUGCUGAUAUUGGAAGCGGCGGACAGGAUUGGCGGUCGGAUACGGAAGGAGGACUUCGGCGGCGUUACGGUCGAGGUCGGGGCAGGUUGGAUUGCCGGAGUCGGCGGGAAGCAGUCGAAUCCGGUUUGGGAACUCGCUCGCGAAUCCAAUCUCCGGACGUGUUUCUCCGAUUACAGCAACGCGCGUUAUAAUAUAUACGAUCGUAGUGGGAAGAUAUUUCCGAGCGGUAUAGCGGCGCAUUCCUACCAGAAAGCGGUGGAAUCAGCGAUUCAAAAGCUACAAAGCCAAGAGUCAAAUCCAGAUGUCGACACAUCAACCUCGUCAGCUCCAAAGAGUCCGAUAGAGCUGGCAAUUGAUUUUAUUCUGCAUGACUUUGAAAUGGCAGAGGUGGAACCAAUAUCGACAUACGUGGACUAUGGGGAAAGGGAGUAUCUGGUAGCGGAUGAAAGAGGGUACGAGCAUUUGCUGCACAAGAUGGCUGAGACUUUUCUUUUUACCUCGGAAGGUGAAAUCUUGGACACCAGGUUAAAACUCAACAAGGUAGUUCGGGAAUUGCAGCACUCGAGAAACGGCGUGUCGGUGAAAACGGAGGAUGGCUGCGUUUACGAAGCCCAUUACGUGAUUUUGUCAGUUAGCAUCGGAGUUCUUCAGAGCCACCUCAUCUCCUUCUCCCCACCUUUACCCAGAUGGAAAACAGAGGCCAUCUCCAACUGUGACAUAAUGGUUUACACCAAGGUUUUCUUGAAGUUUCCGCGUAAAUUUUGGCCUUGUGGCUCCGGUAAAGAGUUUUUCAUCUACGCCCAUGAGAAACGAGGAUACUACACGUUUUGGCAGCACAUGGAGAACGCUUAUCCGGGCUCCAAUAUCCUCGUUGUAACAUUGACCAAUGGAGAAUCAAAGCGAAUUGAAGCGCAAUCCGACCAAGAAACUAUGAAGGAAGCAAUGGAAGUGCUAAGAAACAUGUUUGGGCAGCAUAUCCCCGAUGCCACAGACAUACUUGUUCCGCGAUGGUGGAAUAGUCGCUUCCAACGUGGCAGCUAUAGUAAUUACCCGAUCGCUGGGAAUCAACAGCUUGUAGACGACAUAAAGGCAUCCGUCGGACGCAUAUUUUUCACAGGCGAACAUACAAGCCAAAAAUUUAACGGAUUUGUGCACGGAGGCUUCCUUUCAGGGAUCGAUACUAGUAAAGCUCUGCUCAAAGAAAUGAGGACAUCGGCGAGGGACAAGAAGGGCGAAAAUCAAUCUAAUUUCUUGAUAGAGCCUCUGAUCGCAUUGACGGGAACUUUAGCUCAACCAGAUGCUGCUCUACCCGAUCUCCACAAGUUCGACAUCCCCAGACGGCAGAUGUUCGUUCAUACCAGUAAGUUGGGCGUUGGAGAGGCUAUACUGUGACACGACAAAAAUUUUCGCCCGGGAAAUGAAUAUUUUCUUAACAACCUGACUGACUGCUGAUUGAUGACAUUUGCAUUCAUAAUCAUUCCGGACAUGAAAACGAUGAUCGGUACCGGAAAGGAAAGCGAAGGGUACAGAGCUAGGUUUGUGUAGGUAACAUAAUGGUGGUGAACUCCAGAUUUUCGUCACUUUGAUUUCUACAUUAUUGUUUUGAUGUACAGAAGUCGUUAUUCGAUUUGCUUUAGAUGAAGGAAUUUCUUGUUUGGAGUUCAUUUGAUUACAAAUUUAUUUAUUGUGUGAGAAGCAAUGUGCCUGUGGUGUGUUGACUCUUGCCACUUUGCGCGUGUUACGAUACUAUGUUGCCGAGGAUGAUCAUCGAUGUA